AUGCGCAGAAGCGGCGCCGGCGCGGGGCGGGGCUUCCUGUCAAACGCCGGGGUUCCAGCCCCGCCCCGCGGGCGCUCCCGGAAGCGCGCCACGGCCGCGCGUUGGGUCGGCCCGGAGCUUGGGCGCCGGCUGCGCAUCUGUUCGCCGCACGUGGCUGGGCGCGUGGCCGAGCGCCAGGUGCCCGCAGCCCUGGAGCCGCCGUCAUCGGUCACCCAGGCGGUGUCAUCCCUGACUAUCGCCGACGCGUUCAUCGAGGUCGGCGAGAGCCCCGUCCCGCCUCCGCGGCCCCCCGCGCCCUCGAGGAAAUUCAUCUGCUCCUUCCUCAACUGCAGCGCGAAUUAUAACAAGGCCUGGAAGCUAGACGCGCACCUGUGCAAGCACACGGGGGAGAGACCAUUUGUGUGUAACUAUGAAGGGUGUGGCAAAGCCUUUGUCAGGGACUACCAUUUGAGCCGCCACAGCCUGAUUCACACUGGAGAAAAGCCUUUUGUUUGUACAGCUAGUGACUGUGACCAGAAAUUCAACACAAAAUCAAACCUAAAGAAACAUUUUGAGCGCAAACAUGAAAAUCAGCAAAAACAAUAUGUAUGCGGUUUUGAAGGUUGUAAGAAGACCUUUAAGAAACAUCAACAACUGAAAAUCCAUCAAUGCCAGCAUACCAACGAAUCACUCUUCAAGUGUACCCAUGAAGGAUGUGGAAAAGACUUCGCCACGCCCAGCAGGCUGAAACGGCACAGGAAGGUGCACGAGGGCUAUAAAUGUCAGAAAGAUUGUUCCUUUGUUGCAAAAACAUGGACAGAGCUUCUGAAACAUGGGAGAGAAGCCCAUAAAGAGGAAAUAAUAUGUGAAGUAUGCCAGAAAACAUUUAAACGCAAAGAUUAUCUUAAGCAACAUAUGAAAACUCAUGCUACAGAAAGGACUGUCUGUCGGUGUCCAAGAGAAGGCUGUGAUAGAACCUUCACAACUCUAUUUAACCUCCAGAGCCAUAUUCUCUCUUUUCAUGAGGAAAGGCGCCCAUUUGUGUGUGAACAUGCUGGCUGUGGCAAAACAUUUGCAAUGAAACAAAGUCUCACCAGGCAUGUAGUGGUACAUGAUCCUGAUAAGAAGAAAAUGAAGCCCAAAGUGAAACGAUCUCGUGAAAAACGGAGUUUAGCCUCUCAUCUCAGUGGUUAUAUCCCUCCUAAAAAGAAACAAGAACAAGGCUUAUCUUUACCUACAAACAGAGAGUUGCUCAACUGUACCGAAGGCCAGGUGCUCUCGACAACUGCAGUACUUGCCCUCAGCUAGUACCACCAGAUUGCUUUGUUGAAAGGACUGCAGGCCAGCCAGCUCAAGUUAUUUUUCUCAGAAGCCCCCUCCCUUUUUAUAAUUAAAAUCACUGAUGCAGAACAUCCGAUUCUCUAUCAUUUCCAUGUUCCUUGUUCAAAGUGUCUUCAUUCUGGGUUCCUUGUAUUUCUCUAUAUGCUUUCUCUUCCUUUUUGCUCAAAGGACGAAGAACACACAUCACAGCUUUUCCUCCUCUAGCAGGUUGUGGCCUGGAUGAGAAUGUAGCUAUUCCAGGCAUAGUCUCAAGUAUUUGAUUAAAUAUCUCCUCCUAAAAGAGGGAAAACAAAUAAGAUUAGUUAAAACAAAUAUAAUGAUAUUGACUCUUCGUAGUGUUAGUACUCUAUACCCAUAAAAAGCAGCAUUAUUGAAGUGCUGCUAUUUAAGUGAUUAACUAAAUCAAUCUGUACAUUUCUAGUUAAGCUGAGUGAAACCAGUAUAAUGACCAGGAAGUUAUACAAACUCCAUUUAACUACACUAAUGCAAUAAAGGGUUGCUGGUUUUAAAUCCCCAGUCUGUGAAGGCACUGUGGGGCUAGCCUUGGCCCCAGACUGCCCUCUUAUAAAAAGAACAAAAAGAAUGGGUUGGGGCAUCGGCAGAGUAUACCCUUAUCCUCUUUCUUAGCUCAGUGUAGAUCCUAACACUCACUAACACGGAAUCACUUGGGGAGAUUAAAAAACACAGACAUUCUAGAGACCUAGGCAUAUGGAAUUCUAAGUUGGAACUAGAGUUGGAAACUUAGUUGAUAAGUUACAUAACUCUAGAAGUGAAACAUGUUUUAAACUUAUGUGGGGAUUGUCAACUGAUACACACCUCCUAAAAGACAAUUUGACUUUCUAUAUAAUACUUCUCAUGGGCAUUUAUAAAGAGGAAAGAAAUUUGACAAAGGCAAUCUCUAUAAAAUCUAGCUUUGCUAUUUAAAUGUUAGAUAUGUUAUAAUUUGUAAAGUAGAACAGUGUAGUCUUUAUGAAGUAGAAUGUUUUCACAUGGCAAAUGUUUAUGCUACAAUGGAAAAUGUAUAUACAUUUUGCUUGCAUUCUGAAAAACACACUGCAAAGCUGUUAUCACUGGGUAGAAUUAAUAGUCACUUUUCUUUGCUUUUACAUUUUUCCAGACUUUCUACAACUGUACUUUUUUUUUAAGAUUUAUUUUUUAAUACAAGAGCCUAUAUAGGCCACAGGUGUGGGGGGUAAGAGGAUUCACCAAAGACAGAGUGGGGAGCAGAACAGAACUGACUGAAAUACACUGCUGAGGAGAGCAGCUGGUGAGACAGGAGAGGUCUGCUGCGCCAUGUGGGUUAGUUCCCUGGCCAGGGAUCGAACUCAAGCUGCAUUGGCUGCGGACUGCUUCAUAGUGCUGAAACUUAACCCCUUGCACCAUCAGGAAGGCCCUACAAUUUUUUUUUUUAUUAUUAAAGAUUUAUUUAUUUAUUUAUACAAGCACCGGGUAUAGUCAGAAGCGCGGGAGGGUGAGAGAAUUCACCAGAGCCAAAGCGGAGAGCAGACUGUAUUUCAGACUGACUGAAAUACACUGCUGAGGGGAGCAGUGGGCACGGCAGGAGAGAUCUGUGCGCCAUGUGGGACCCUCGCUGGCGGCUGGCUCUGCAGAGGCUGGGGGUAGCUUCGCAGCCCAGCGCUCAACUGCUGCGCCACCAGGGGAGGCCGUACAAUUAUAUUUUCUGAUCAGAAAACAAACACAAGCUGUUACUCUUACCUACUUUUACUUACCAUUUUAUUUUCUGGCUCUUCUUUGUUCUUCCCCUUCUUUAUAGUAAUUUGAACUUUGUAUUUUUUCUCAAUCCACUGUUGAAUCUGUUUACUCUUUGUGUCCAAAUCAUGUUGCCCAAUAUUUGAAGAAAAAGUUAGUUCCUUUGUCAGGGUAGGUCCUAGUUUGAAACGGUGAGACUUGGUGCUAGUACUAUUUACAAGCUCUGAACUUGACCACAUCUAUUUCGUAAAAUCUUAGGUGAACCCAAACUAUCCUCUUCUGAUUUAGUUUCACAUACCAGUACAUAUAUCUUUUUAAACAGAUGAGACAGACAUAAAAGUACUGACUUUUUUACCUGCCAAGAAGAGAACUUAAAUAUAUUCCAUUUAUUGUUACCAUCAUUUGAAAACACUGAAAGAAUAGUUCAUUAAAAAUAAGUUUAACUUUGCAAUAAACAUAAAACACUAAUUAAAGGCAUAGGGACUACUAAGAGUCUUCAUAUGAAAGAAAUUACACACACAAACUUCCCCAAAUGGACAGUCUAAUGUGAAAAAAUACAACUUAAAAGCAAAUAGGAAAUUGCUGUCUAUGAUCUCAGGAUAAGAGAAGUAUUUCAUUAAGAAAUGUCUGACAAUCUAUAUAAAAACACUAAUGGGUAAUAAAACGCAAAAAGUGAAAAAUCUUAACUGGGAUAAUGUUUUUUUAUCAUGCAAAACAGAAUCCUAGAUAGUAGGAAUAAACCAUCAAAGCAGGAAGAUGGGAGUAAGAAUAGAUAAUUCACAGAAGAGGAAACAAAUGAAAAUGUAAACAGAUUCUCACCCAUCAGUAUUGCAAAACACAGUGUCUGACAAUACCAAGUACGGGUGAGGAUGUAGAGAAAUUUCAUACACUGAUGAUGUAUGGGGGUGAUGAUUUGCCCCAUAGUAUAUGGAACAUGCAAUGGACAAAACUGGUGGAUAUGCUCACUAUUCAAAUGAUAAAAAACUGGAAACAAGUCCAGUGUUCACAGAAAUGGAUUAACAAAGUGAUGGUAUAGUCCUAUGAUGAAAUGUCACUUGAUAAUUAUAAUAAAUUAGUACAGAUGUUACAAACAUAGCUUGAAGAUAGUGUUGCUUCUAAUUUUUAUGCAUACAAAAUUCUCUAUUCUUUUUAUGAAUGUAUUUGUAUAUAAUUGAAGUUUUAACAAUGGGCUGAAUCUAUGCUGAGUCCACGGGAGUGAACAGGUGCUUCUGGGAAGGGGAGAGGGAAUGGGAGAAGGCACAUGGGGGAC